CUGCAUUGUGAGGAGUGGACUGAAGUUGAGAAUUUUGUGAUUACAAUGUCGGAUGACAUGCUUAUGCAAUUUUCCUCCAACUCUUCCAAUCAAUCCGAUCAAUCUUUGCCCACUAAAAUUGCGAAGCUCGAGGCGCGAAUGGUGGGCAAAGCAUCCUCUGCAACUGCAGCCGUCGCACAUUCACAGCAGGCAGCCUCGUGGUCUGUUGCCACCAAAUUCCCCGAGCCUCCUGAGAGCUUGCCUAAUGAGCAUCUGUCUAGUGAUUCGGAUGACAACGAUCUAUUAGUUAUAUUGGGGAAAGGGAAAGAAUUGCAGAAGCUACGGUUCUGGAAAUGCGACCUGUUACAUCGGCUGUCCUGUUUUCUGGGAGCUAUUAGUUUGAUAAUGAUCUUGCUGAUGUACCUUUGAUUUGGUUAUCAAGUCAUACAAUGGGUUUAUUUGGAUUUGUCAAUUUUUCCAAGCAUUUUUUGCAUCAUAAACACGCUUUCAAUCACCUUUUUAUCUUUCCAAUCAAAUCACAAAAAGUGCUCAAGUAUGAUUCAAAAAAAUUUCCAAAUGAUCUUCUAGCCAUGCAACCCAUUACUUUCUUAAUCCAUUUUUUUUCUUAAUCUUGAUAUUGCCCAUUUUCACUUGUUUCUGUCUGGAUCACUAACGGAUUCAACUUCAGAUUCUAUUACAUUUUUGUGACUUUGUUCUUUCAAUUGAUGUGCAGAGGAUGGAUUAAAUGCUUAUGUUGUAGCGAAGAACUUUUUACAUGAGAUUCUUAAAUGUUGUACUUUCCUGAACAAUAAGAAUGGAGGGGAAUUUCUGAUUCAAGCUAACACUCAGAAGCGGCGUAAAUUGGACGAGGAUAACAGUGGCAUGGUUUUUGAACAUGUUGAGGGACAUACAUCUCAGUCUGUGGCUGAGCCAAGACAGAAGGUUGUUGAGACCGUGGACACAAAUAAGGUGGCUUCAGACACAAAUAGGAAAAAACAAAGCCGUGGCAGGGGAUAUUCUGCCUCGGCUAGAGGGCGUGGUUCACGAGGUAAUGAUCAAACCAAAAUUCAAACGGUUUCUCCACCAAAUGGACAGCUUGAAAAGGAUGGGUGGCCCAAAGAGCAACUUCGACGUGACGAUUUAAGUUUAUUGGAGGAGGAGAACACAACAUUACGCGAGAAGGUUGGAAAUUUGGAGGAGGCAUUACGGAAAUCUCAACAUUUAACUCAAGAGCUAGAGAAGGAGUUGAAGGAUAUCAAGGAUAUUGAGCAGCAGAUGAAGCCAAAGAGAUUAAAAACAUUAUCUGAUUUGUUGAUAUCUGUUUCAAAAGCUGAGAGACAAGAAGCAAGGAUGAAAGUACGCCAGGAUUCUUUGAGACUUGGCAAUGUUGGAGUAAUCAGAGCUGGAACUCUCAUUUCUGAGACAUGGGAGGAUGGGCCAGCAUUGAAGGAUCUCAAUGUCCAGCUUAGAAACUUAUUGGAGAUGAAAGAAGCAAUUGAACGGCAGAGGAAAUCACUGAAGAAAAAGCAGCCAGAUAAAGUUGAUGGAACUGAUUCAGAAGCUGGAGUCCAGGAAGAUGAUUCUCUCAUUCAAGAUGAAAUCUAUAAAUCUCGUUUAGCUUGCAUCAAACGUGAGGAAGAAACAAUUAUGCGUGAAAGAGAUCGCUAUGAGUUGGAUAAAGCAAGGCUUAUAAGGGAAAUGAAACGAAUAAGAGAUGAGGAUGGCUCUCGCUUCAACAAUUUUCAGAUUUUGAACCACCGCUAUGCCCUCUUAAACCUUCUUGGCAAAGGAGGAUUUAGUGAGGUCUAUAAGGCUUUUGACUUAGUUGAGCAUAGAUAUGUUGCAUGUAAGCUUCAUGGUUUGAAUGCUCAGUGGAGUGAAGAGAAGAAGCAAAGUUAUGUACGACAUGCUAUCAGGGAGUACAAUAUUCAUAAAAGCUUGGUACAUAAUCACAUUGUGCGUCUGUGGGACAUUUUUGAGAUAGACCAAAACACAUUCUGCACUGUCUUGGAAUACUGCAGUGGCAAGGAUCUUGAUGCAGUCCUCAAAGCAACGCCUGUUUUGCCAGAAAGAGAAGCGAGAAUCAUAAUUGUUCAGAUAUUUCGAGGCCUUGUUUACCUGAAUAAAAGAGCACAAAAGAUUAUACAUUAUGAUCUGAAGCCAGGAAAUGUUCUAUUUGAUGAAUUUGGCACUGCUAAAGUGACUGAUUUUGGUCUUAGCAAAAUAGUGGAGGAUGAUGUUGGGUCCCAGGGGAUGGAGCUUACCUCCCAGGGAGCUGGGACAUAUUGGUAUCUACCUCCCGAAUGCUUUGAGCUUAACAAGACACCCCUUAUAUCCUCAAAGGUGGAUGUUUGGUCAGCUGGGAUUCUUCUGUACCAAAUGCUAUUUGGCAAACGGCCUUUUGGUCAUGACCAAACCCAAGAACGAAUUUUACGCGAAGAUACCAUCAUUAAAGCCCGCAAGGUGGAUUUUCCUUCAAGGCCAGCUGUGUCGAACGAGGCAAAGUUUCUGAGACAGAUUAACAUCUGGCUGACUGGCUCAGACACAAUGUUCAUGCUUCCUUUGACUCAUAUUGCAAGUCAUAAUAUGGAAAUGAUUGAUGAAGGAACAAAACGAGAUAGACAAACUUGCUAGGAUUUUAUUCGUCGUUGUCUUACAUAUAAUCAGGCAGAGAGGCCAGAUGUUUUAAGCAUUGCUCAGGAUCCAUAUUUGACAUACACAAAGAAAAAUCAUAACAGUACAUAGUGCCAACUCAUGUUAUAGAGAAAGCAUUCCCUAAUUUUGAGGUGAGGAAAUAAUCCCUCAAUUCUACAGGAAAUUUGUAUAGUUGUAAAGGUUUUGUAAUUAUUGUCCCUGUUGUUCUUCCCUUGAGUUGGGGUUUCAUUUCCUCUUUCCCUUAGCCCUUUAAAGGAUUCAUAGACCUUUCUGGUAUGUCGUUACUAGUGAACAUCUUUUUUGUCUUGGUCAAGGGAUGGAGAUUGAGGAAGAAAGGAAAGGAAAUAUAGUUUUUGGAUGCUCUGGUUUCUUGACUAAUUGUUUGGCUUUUCAACUUGUAUUUCGUGGAUUUUAAAUCCAUAAAGCUAGGGCUGCAAACGAAUUUACUCGAA